AUGGCUCAGCCAGAGCCAUGCCUCUGCUUGGACAAGGAUGAGCCAGACUCUCACCUGGGGGCUUCUGGCCUCUGCCCAUCACCAUGGGAUCUGCUUGUCAGCCGCUGGCUUGGUCCUGACCCUGAGCCCCUUCCUGGCUUCACCUCGGACCCGCCUCGUCACCACCAUGCCACCUCACGGUAUGGGCUGUGGCUUUGGCUGGGUGUCCAAGCCAUUCAAAUUGUCACUGUCACAGGUGGUGCCAAAGUCAUUUCAGGAGGGACGUGGGGCCGACUUGUCUCCACCGUAUUGAUUAGUGAUCAGGCUGGCAGCCUGUCACAAGUGGGGUUCUGCCAGGGAUCGAUACUGGGCCCCACACUGUUCAACAUGUUCAUAAAUUAUCUGGAUGAUGGGAUUGAAAGCACCCUCACAAAGUCUGCUGAUGACGACAAACUGGCUGGUGAGGCAGACAUGUCAGAAGGGAUAGCCAUCUUACAGAGAGACCUGGACAAGCUGGAAGAGUGGGCAGUAAUAACUCCAGACAAAUCACUCGGCAGAGAGCAGCAAAAGACUAACAGCUUGAGCACAGGUCUAAGAGACUCCAAGCCAAUUAAUGAACUGUGUGGCCCCUCUGCUGAAAUCGGAGAGCCCACAAGCAGGUCUUUAGGAAUUUGCAGCAGUAAUGAGGCUACUGAGGCUGUUUUCUGAAAGUUUGUGAUCCUGCGCACAGACAAUGAUGCAGAUCAAUCCACACAGAUCCAGAACCUGCUGCAGAAUAAAUUUUGUGUUAAAUCUGGGAUAAUCUUUGCUGUGAAUGGCUCAGCAUAGACUAUUAUGCUACUGACAAAUUUUCUGAAUGGAUCUUGCUAUGUGGUUCAGUCUUAUACCUCCUUUGUCAAUGCUCUUAACAGCAUAAAUUACAACUCUGUGAUACCUAUGAGGCCACUGAAUAACCCAUUACCCAGGAGAAGACUUUUUUUUGCUUUGCAGGCUGUUAACGCACUGUAAGAAGAUAGUCCUGGCUUUGCGAAACAAAUGGAGAAAAUGUUCCAGGAGUCUCAUACAGGCAACAGUGAGAGAUACGGAGGGAGGAAAGGAUGA